UGCAAUCAGACAAAACACCUCUCUCUCCCUCUCCCUCUUGUUCCCCACUUUCUCUUACCUCUCUCUCCCUCUCUCUCCCCCCUCCCGCUCUCUCUCUCUCUCUUCUCUCUAUGUACCUGUAUCUAUGUAUAGACGGUGUUGAUCUCGAUGAUGACCCAUCCUGUUCUUGGCCUGCAUCAUCUCCAUCCAGUAAAGACCAGACUUCCCCUGGCCACUGCGAAGACUAUGAUUUUGGCGAGGAUGAAGGGGGCCCCGGCCUACCGUACCCGUGCCAGUUCUGUGACAAGUCCUUUAGCCGUCUGAGCUUCCUCAAGCGCCACGAGCAGAGCCACGGUGACAAGCUCCCCUUCAGUUGCACCUUCUGCAGCCGCCUGUUCAAGCACAAGCGCAGCCGCGACCGGCAUGUCAAGCUGCACACCGGCGACAAGAAAUAUCAUUGUGGCGAAUGCGACUCGGCCUUCUCACGCAGCGACCACCUCAAGAUCCAUAUGAAGACCCACGCCUCCAACAAGCCCCACAAGUGCCCUGUGUGCCGCCGGGGCUUCCUCUCCUCCAGCUCCCUCCACGGACACAUGCAGGUACACGAGCGGGGCAAAGACAGCAGCAGCAGGGGGUCAGGCAGUGGAUUCUCCAAGGAGGAAUGGAAGCUGAAGGAGACAAGGAAGUGCAGCCGCUGUGAGGAGGGCUUUGACGUCCCUGAGGAGUUGCAGAGGCACAUCGCUGAGUGCCACCCUGAGUGCUCUCCAUCAGAGGACGGGGGCCUGUGUGGUGCCCUGCAGUGCAUCUACUGCCACGAGCCCUUCAGCGAUGAGGGCAUCCUGCUGACCCACAUUGACCAGGCCCACAGCCAUGACCGCAAAGGUCACUGCUGCGCCGUCUGCUCCGAGCACUUCCUCUCCGUGGAGGACCUCUAUGCCCACAUGGACAUCCACCAACUCCCUGAGUCCAGUAACCACAGCAACAGCCCUUCCCUGCUCACUGUGGGCUACACCUCCGUCUCCAGCACCACCCCGGACUCCAACCUCUCCGUCGACAGCUCCACCAUGGUGGAGGCCGCCCCACCUGUGCCCAAGACCCGGGGGAGGAGGAAGAGGGCUGCCCAGCACACCCCACAUGACGUCGGGGGACGCUCCUCCAAGCAGCCCAAGAUCUCCUACAGCUGCAUCUACUGCAACAAGCAGGUGUUCAAUAGCCUGGCCGUACUUCAGAUACACCUGCGGACCAUGCACCUUGACAAACCUGAGCAGGCACACACCUGCCAGUUCUGCCUGGAGUUGCUGCCCUCCCUGUUCAACCUGAGUGAGCACCUAAAGCAGGUGCACAACGCCGAGGACCAUGCCGCCCUGGUGGCCAGCUUGCCCGACGCCUUGCUCCAGUGUAACUUCUGCACUGAGGUGCUGAGCAACCUCAACGCUCUUCAAGAACACAUCCGCUGCUCCCACAGCUUCCCCAGCCCUGUGGCCAAGGAGAGCAAUGCCUUCUUCUGUCCCCAGUGCUUUAUGGGGUUCCUGACCGAAGCCACGCUGGAAGAGCACGUCCGUCAGACCCACUGCGAGGCGGGCAGCCUGCGUUUCGACUCCCCCUUGGCAGUGACCCCCAAGGAGCCCGUCAUGGAGGUGUACUCCUGCUCCUACUGCACCAACUCGCCAAUCUUCAACAGUGUUCUGAAGCUGAACAAGCACAUCAAAGAAAACCACAAGAACAUUCCGCUGGCACUGAACUACAUCAACAAUGGAAAGAAGUCUCUGCGGACCCUCAGCCCUUCCUCACCCAUAUCGAUUGAUCAAUCUUUCCUUCAUGGUUCCUCCUCUCGUGGCAAUCGUGGCAUUAGCGAGUUCAUCUGCAACCAGUGUGGGGCCAAGUACAUCAGCCUGGACCUGUUCCAGACCCACCUGAAAACUCACCUGGACGGGAUACAGCCCCAGCUCACCUGCCCCCAGUGCAGCAAGGACUUCCCCAACCAGGAGUCCCUGCUGAAGCAUGUGACAGUCCACUUUACCAUCACCUCUACCUACUACAUCUGCGAGAGCUGCGACAAGCAGUUCACCUCAGUGGACGACCUGCAGAAACACCUGCUGGAAAUGCACACGUUCGUGUUCUUCCGCUGCACCCUGUGCCAGGAAGUGUUUGACUCCAAGGUGUCCACUCAGCUCCACCUUGCCGUCAAGCACAGCAACGAGAAAAAGGUGUACCGCUGUACCUCAUGUAACUGGGACUUCAGGCACGAGGCCGACCUGCAGCUGCAUGUCAAGCACAGCCACCUGGAGAACCAGGGCCGGGCCCACCGCUGCAUCUUCUGCGGGGAGUCCUUCGGCACGGAGGUGGAGCUGCAGUGCCACAUCACCACCCACAGCAAGAAGUAUAACUGCCGCUUCUGCAGCAAAGCCUUCCAAGCCAUCGUACUUCUGGAGAAGCACCUGAGGGAGAAGCACUGUGUGUUUGAGGGAAAGGCCCAGAACUGUGGCGCCAAUGGAUCGACCACCGGAGGAGUGGACCACCACCUGGUGACCAAGGACGACGCAGAGCUACAGGGUCUGUUGACCAACAGCCAUGGUGUAGCGGUGGCAGGAUCAGGGGGCGUGUUGGAGUCCCCAAACAACCAUGAUGGGAGUGAGGAGGAGGUGGACACCGCUGACCCCUUGUUCGGGUGCGACAUCUGCGGGGCAUCGUACACAAUGGACUCCCUCCUCACCAACCACCAACUCCGAGACCACAACAUCCGCCCGGGUGAGAGCGCCAUGGCGAAGAGGAAGUCAGACAUGAUCAAGGGCACCCACAAGUGUAACGUUUGCCAACGCACCUUCUUCUCAGAGGCAGGUCUGAGGGAACACAUGCAAACCCACCUGGGACCCGUCAAGCACUACAUGUGUCCCAUCUGCGGAGAGCGUUUCCCCUCGCUGCUCACACUGACCGAGCACAAGGUCACCCACAGCAAGAGCCUAGACACAGGCAGCUGCCGAAUCUGCAAGAUGCCCCUGCAGAGCGAGGAGGACUUCAUGGAGCACUGCCAGAUGCACCCAGACCUGAGGAACUCCCUGACGGGCUUCCGCUGUGUGGUGUGCAUGCAGACAGUCACCUCCACCCUGGAGCUCAAGAUUCACGGCACCUUCCACAUGCAGAAGACUGGCACAAUGUCCACCAACCACCCCAUCGGCCGCACCACCAAUUUGGCUUCCCACAACCACCAUCAUCACCAACAACACCACCAAGUAAACCAGAAGCUCUUCAAGUGUGCCUCGUGCCUGAAGGAGUUCCGGUCCAAAUCUGACCUGGUGAAGCUAGACAUCAACGGGCUGCCGUACGGGCUGUGUGCUGCGUGUGUCAGUGCCGCUGGCUCAAAGAGCUCCAGCCCCAAGGUAAUGAACGGAGGCAGGCAGCAGCAGGGAGGGGGAGGAGCCACAACCCCAGCCAUGCCUGCAGCAGCAUGGACCGCUCAUAUGGAGAGUCUCAGCCCCGGGGAGGGGAAAGGCAAGCUGGCCCAUUCAUCGUCAUCGUCCUCCUCCUCUAUCUCCUCAAGCGCCGCCAAGACUCGAUGUACCAGCUGCAAUGUGAAGUUUGAGUCAGAGGCGGAGCUGCAGAACCACGCCCAGACGGUGCACAGGGAGCAGGGAGGGGACUGCAACAGCGGGCAGCUCAGGACCCCACAGAUCUCCCCCAUGCCCAGGGCCAGCCCCUCACAGACUGAGGAGAAGAAGACCUACCAGUGCAUCAAGUGUCAGAUGGUCUUCUACAGCGAAUGGGACAUCCAGGUCCACGUGGCCAAUCACAUGCUAGGUAGGAGAGAAGAGGGCCUGAACCAUGAGUGUAAGCUCUGCAGUCAGUCGUUCGACUCGCCAGCCAAACUCCAAUGCCACCUGAUCGAGCACAGCUUCGAGGGCAUGGGCGGCACCUUCAAGUGUCCUGUCUGCUUCACAGUAUUUGUCCAGGCCAGCAAGCUCCAGCAACACAUCUUCUCAGCCCAUGGCCAGGAGGAUAAGAUAUACGACUGCUCCCCGUGCCCACAGAAGUUCUUCUUCCAGACCGAGCUACAGAACCACACGCUGACUCAGCACAGCAGCUAACCAGGCAGAUCAUCACUUGGCCUGAGGAGGAGAGGAGAACCAUACGGCGAAGGAGGAGAAUCAUGUCUGACCCAGUCAGUCCUCCAACCACCGUCAGUGCAAUAGCCCACUGGCUCGUUUGCACUGAACUUUGGAUUCACUUCACAUAAGGAAGGACCAUGUCACACAAAAAGAAAAGUACAGAUGAAAGACAGAGGUGUGAAAAAAAGACAGAAAAACGUAUCUCUGGUCUUUGCCUGGUCGUCAUGUCACCAAAACUGGACAACUAUCUUUGUAAAUAGAAGUACUUCUUCAUGUGUUGCUUAAUAACUCCAGCUAAAUUGUAGUCUUAUACAGUACAGUAUUUGCUAAUGUACAGUUCAGAACCGGUUGUCCCCAAAAAAUUAAAGAGAGAAAAAAAGCUCAAACAGAAAAUGCUACUGUCAACAAGAAGAUGUGGAAGUCAUCCACAAUAUGUUGGCGAAACAGGGUGCCAAUGUGGGGUAUUAUUAUAUAGGGAACAUGAAGUUGUGGUAUGGUCAGUAAGGUCCCUUUUCAUCAGCACACAUUUCCUGUAUGUGACACUAUCCUGACCUGGUCACUUAUGACAGAAGGGUAUAGCAGGAUGCUUGAUCACCAGCAGAGCCUGACAUGACAUCACAGGUCUCAUUCCAACAUGGCUGCCAUUCCAGUUGACCAGCUGAAGACUAAGUUGUGCAUUUAAUCUGGUCCGCCUGCCUAACUGCACAUGGACAAGUUCAAAUGAGACAAAGGGAAAAAAAGAAAACAAUGGAGAAAAACAGGACAGGGUUCUGAUAUAUGCAAAAGCAGUGACACAGAUUUGAAAAGGCCAGCUAGCUACUCUGGUUGGCACGGUAACAGAGACAUUGUCAACCCCCCUGUGUCUCCUAGAGCAUCAUGGGAAAUCUCCAGCCCACUGACUCAAACCUGUACGUUUCUGUUAUUAAUGUUUACUGCUCGUUCAAGCCUGGAGAUUACUGGAAAAAUUAUGUCAUUUUUCUUAGCUCUUUGUAUUACAUUUUUUUUGCAAUGGGGAAUAAAUCCAUUUUGAUUUGGGGUCGUGGGGGAGACUACAUGUAUUAGGUCUCUCUGGGGGAUGUGCUUAAACUUAUGUCCUGGGCUCUCCUUGAGAGCUCCCAACUCCUCCUCUUCCUUCCCUGUUUCCUGCGGUAUCCCAUUGCUCUGCUCUCUGCUCAAGCUGGAAGCCAUUGUGGCAUUAUAAUACACCAAUAUAAAUCAUUCUGUUAUGUAAAUGUUUUUGCAUUCAUUGAACCUGAGAUGCACUUUUGUAUGAAACUUUAAUGUUUUGAUCUUUUGAUUGAGAAUUGUUCGUACUCAGUUUACAGGAAAUUAACCACCAUCUCCUGCUUCAGCAAAAGGACAGUUAUCUUGUCUGUUAUUCAAAUGUUAUUGUACAAAUAUGGAGUUCUGUAUUUGGCAGACCUCGUUUUUUUUUGGUGUUGCACAUGUGAUGGAAAUAUUAAAACUGUAUGAAAAAUG